GGCACUAUUUUAUUUGCAUCUAUUCAUCCGCUACAUAUGACACAAUGUGUUGUAGAAGCAGAGGUUGAAGUACUAAGGAAUUUUGCUUCAUAACAAGUUUGAUGAAACUUAAUCUGAUAGACCGUUAAAUUUGAAGAUGUUGAGUGCGUUGCGAAAGCUAGUUAGCAGUGAUGGACAACAGCAGGUCAAGCUUGGUCCAGGUCCACCAUCCGGCAUGCAGACCAUGGGCCAGCAGUUACAGCGGCGCUUUGCCAAAGGCGUGCAGUACAACAUGAAAGUUAUAAUCAAAGGGGACAGAAACGUAGGCAAGUCAUGCUUAUUCUAUCGACUCCAAGGAGAGAAAUUUAAAGAAGAAUACAUCCCAACUCAGGAAAUUCAGGUGGCUAGUAUUCAAUGGAACUACAAGGCAACGGAUGACAUAGUAAAGGUGGAAGUGUGGGAUGUAGUGGAUAAAGGCAAGAAACGAACAGUCAAUGAUGCUCUCAAACUGGAUAAUACCACACAAACACAAGCUACAGAAGAGCCAGUGCUGGACGCUGAAUUCCUAGACGUUUAUAAAGGAACCAAUGGAGUUAUCAUGAUGAUGGACAUCACAAAGCUGUGGACCUUUGAUUACAUACAGAGAGAAUUGCCAAAAGUACCAAAUCAUAUUCCAGUCCUGGUUUUGGCAAAUCAUAGGGACAUGGGUCAUCACCGAGUGAUAGAACCUGAUUCGGUGUCUUACGCCAUUGAAAAUUUAGGAAGACCACCAGGAUCGGCAGAAGUCAGGUAUGCAGAAGCUUCCAUGAGAAACAGCUAUGGACUUAAAUUUCUACACAGGUUUUUCAACAUACCCUUUCUAAAUCUGCAGCGGCAAACCCUACUACAGCAGCUUGAGGUUAAUGAGAGAGACAUGAAGUCGACGUUGUCAGAACUGGACAUUCACCUGGAGAGCGAGGAGCAAGACUAUGACUUAUUCUUGGCAAGCAUGACUGCCAAGCGAAGAGAGAAUGCUGACAAGUUAGGUCAUGAAGCUGUGGAUCAUCCAAAUGGAUUAGUGAUUGGUGCCUCUUCUGGUGAUUAUAAAAGUGUUUCUUCAACGUCCACAUCGCCAGCGCAGUCUUUGUCUUCAAAGCCCGAUGAGGUACCUUCCGAUGAGAAGACACCGUCUUCCACCCAGCCUUCUCAAGCUGUCGUUCGGCCCUCGGUCACUCUAACAACGGCACCCGCAACCACACUCAUCACAGCAGCGGCAUCGACAGCUAACCAGCCUGUGCUGGUUCCACCUGCUGUGAAGGCAAUGUCCAAGCCAGCAGAGAAGUCUAGCGGUGGCUUCAUUUCCAAGUUCUUUGGUGGCAGUAGCAAACAGCAGAAAGCAGAGGAGCCGCAGGAGACAGCGCAAAGCAGCACUGCUAGUAGCAGCAUAACGUCACCAACAUUCACUAGCAUAGACGAUUUUGUUCCUGAGGAAGCCUUGGAUGCAGCUUUUUUGGCUGAUACAAAACCUGUCCAUGUAGACAAGGAUAACUACGAGGAUAGUGACAGUGAUGGUGGUACGACAGCCAAUCCAAUGGUAGCUGGCUACCAAGAUGACUUUGACCCUGAGGACAGUAUUGUCACGUCAUUGCCAACUUUUUCCACAUCAACUCAGGCUAUAGAACUAUCGAGUGACGACGAUGAGGUCCCCGCAGCGCCGGCUGUCUCCAGCGAUAGUGAGGACAUGGGAAGUCGCCCCAUUGUAACUGCCUGCACAGAAGACAUUUCUAAUGAAGAUCUUACUUUGGCAAAGAAGAGCAGCAUCACUCUCACAACUGAUGAAGAAGAUGGAGGGAAAACUCAGCAGAAAGAAGCUGUCGUCGGGGAUGCUACUGCACUUGAUGCAUUGCAGGAUUUUCUUGGUGCUAGCGCAGUGCCAGAACCUCCAAGUAGCACAAACGCAAGUAGUGCUGUUGCCUACAAAGGGAUGGAGUUUGAAGAUCUGAGUUACCUUGAGAAAAGAUCUACAUCCACUCCCAUCACCAGCAGUAAGACAUCAUCUGUGAGUGAGAACCAGCAUGGAUCAAAUGAGAAUGAGGAGAACGCAUCUGAUGUGGAUGCUACUACUGAGAAGAGGAGAAAACACAAACACAAGACCAAAUCAAAGGAGGAUGGACAGAAAUUGCAUAAGAAGAAGAAUAAACACAAAAGCAAAAGCAAGGUUAAGGAGGUGGAGGCUGUUGGCAAAAAAGAAACAGCAAAGAAGAAGAAGUCGAAGGCGAAGGAUGAGACAAAUGAAGAUGCUGACUUAGAGCGGUUCCUAUCAGGAGAUGUAUCAGAGCCAUAUGAGACACUGUAGCAUACGACCUUCAGCCUGACCCUGCAGCAGCAGAUACUGAUAGCUACGAAGGACCUGUAUCUCGUGCUUGUGCUUAUCGAUCAGGACACGUGAACUGUUGCAAGCUGAUCAUUUAGACGUGUGCACAUGAAGUUCCAACGAAAUGAGGUGUGAUUAUUUAUUAUAUUUUUUAUUUUCGAGAAGUGUUAAAUUUGUAUAAUUUAAAAUUACCUACAAAGAUACUAUAUAUGAAAAACUAUAUAUAUAUAUAUAUAUAUAUAUAUAUAUAUAUAUAUAUAUAUAUAUAUUACUUUAUUUCACAAACAUUUUGCCAGUUUAAGUGUUUAAGUGUGGAACUAAUAGCUGAUCACAGACUCCUUCACAUGUGAGAUUGUGUCGGAAUGCCUGUGGUCUCUGCAUCACUUAGAAAUACGAUUCCGUCUUCAAUAGCAAGACUAAUGUUACUGAUUAGCAACUUUUGUGUGGUCGUGGUAGGUCUUAUAUUAAAUAAGAAAUAUGGUGAACGGUAAUAAAUUGAGACAUAUUUCCCAGAAGACUAUUGAGACCUGGCGACUAAAUUUUAUUUCUGUUACGAUGUAAAUAAUGUAUAUACAUAUACAUAUGUUUAUAUGUUUACACAUUUUGUGUACACAUAAGAAGCUGUGCUGCUUGCACUUGUUUAAAAUAAUUUAUUUUAGACCUUCUUUGUAACUUACAUGGAAUAAGUUGAAUGUGAAUGGUUACUGACAUAAAUUGAUUGCUUAUUAAUUCUUUUAAUAUAUCUGUGUUAUGUAUAAUAUAAUUGAAAAGCGUGCAGAAGAAAAAGUAGAAGUUAUUCUGUUAGCCAGUUUAUGUAAACCAUUUUAAUUGGAAUAAUGGUUCGGGUUGUGAAUGUGUUGCGCAGUUCUUGUUAGUAGAGUUCUACUUUCAGUCACCGUUCAAACAGAAAAGUGUCCUGCCAAGUAAUGCCCUCGUGAACUUGUUAAUUGUACAUUUUUGUGAUGUAUCGUGCCAAGAUGUCGUAUAGGUAAUCACUUAUCAGUUGUAACGUGCUGAAUUAUUCUCCAGCUAAUGUCAGAUUCCUGCCUAUGAGCAUGACUCGUUAUUUUAAAUAGGAAACAAAACAAGCAUGCAUUAUACCACGUCGUUCUAGAUGGUGGGAGGGCAAACUUUGGAAUAAUGGCGAGAAUUGGGAUGAUAAGCCAAUACGUAUGUGAACUAGUUGUCAUCUCGUCCUCCACAAUACAGCAGGGUGGGAUGGAAGAAAGGCAAUUCCAUGUGAUAAGCUUAUUAAACCAGUCAAUUGGAUAUGACGAAUAGGUCAUGGUCAUGGCACACGCGCAUAACGUAAUUAUCCUGCUAUGCAUGAAGUUUCCAGCUACAUUUUAUUCAGAACAUCCUUGAUUAAUUGUAAGUGUGAUCGUAAAAAUCGCAAAAAUCGCACGCAUUUUAUUAAAUGUCUUAAUGUUCUUGUAUUUUCAGCGGUGAAUUUACGUUUUACAGCAAGAAGUGAGGUUGUUAACAAAAGAAACGGCAACUAAACUUUAGGUCGUUACUAACACAUAGUGAAAUUUUCAGAGAAAUUUCUGUAAUUUGUAAAAACACAGGCAGAGAUGUUUUAACCCGACCUCGAUAUGCAUGUGUGUAUAUUUCUUUUGUGUGGAUUUGAUGGUUCAAUAAAAGGAAAAUAUAACUGUA